UCCGCUUCUGAUUUUGUGAAGCUUCUCUUGGUUUUCAUUGUUUAACAAUACUGAGGGGAAAUAAAAAAAUUUCUCAGUUUUGUGUAAUUCUUUAUUGCUUUAUACAUUGCAGGAUUUGAUGAAUAGAUCAUGUCUCUGUAGUAUCUUAAUCACUACUGCUCUUAUUUGUGGUGCUUACUUCAUUGGUAAUGCUUAUAUCGACAAAGAAUUUAAAGAGAGAUUGCUAAGAUGGAAAAUCACUGAUAAGAUGCAUAACGCAACAUCCAAUACAUGCCAGAAUCUAAAUAAGCCAUUGGGUAGUGAAGCACUACCGCAAGGAAUCAUCGUCAAAACAUCAAACUUGGAAACUCAACAUCUAUGGAACUACUGCGACAGUGAAAAUGUUACUGAAGGUAAUACUAAUCGUUCGAUGAGUUUGUUAGCCAUGGCGGUUGGAAUCAAGCAAAAUGAGCUGGUCAACAAAGUUAUACAAAAGUUUCCUCUUCAAGAUUUCGUGGUCAUGCUUUUUCAUUACGAUGGUGUUUUGGACGACUGGAACCAGUAUCCAUGGAGUGCACAUGCAAUUCAUGUUUCCGUGAUGAAUCAAACAAAAUGGUGGUUCGCUAAACGAUUCUUGCAUCCUGAUGUUGUUGCAGAGUAUGAAUAUAUUUUCCUUUGGGACGAAGAUCUCGGUGUAGGUCAUUUCAAUCCUCAACGAUACCUAUCUAUUGUCAAAGAAGAAGGUCUUGAGAUAUCGCAACCCGGCCUCGACCCAACAGAAUCAGAGGUGUAUCAUCCUAUAACCGCUCGUCGCGAGAACUUAAAAGUCCAUAGGCGGAUAUAUAAAUACAAAGGCGGCUUCCGAUGCGAUGGCAAUAGCACCGAUCCUCCUUGCAUCGGAUGGGUAGAACUGAUGGCACCUGUUUUCUCUAGAUCAGCAUGGAGAUGUUCUUGGUAUAUGAUUCAGAACGAUUUGAUCCAUGCUUGGGGUUUGGAUGUACAGCUUGGUUAUUGUGCUCAAGGUGAUCGGAAGAAAAAUGUAGGUGUUGUUGAUGCGGAGUACAUAGUUCAUUACGGUCUUCCCACACUAGGUGGGGUUGUAAACGCUUCAAGCUCCGCGCGGAAUGAGACAAACCCAAAAUCAGGGGUUUCACAGGAUUUAUCAGAGUCUGCUGGAGUGGAUAACAGAGGAAAAGUGAGGAUGAAAUCAUCUGUAGAGAUGAAGAGAUUCAAGGAACGUUGGAAGAAAGCUGUCAAGGAUGAUAUAUGUUGGGUCGAUCCGUAUUGAAACCCCGAGUGGUGUAAGUAAACCGAAUCAAACCGGAAUUCUUCACAAAUAGAAUUUUGAGAUUUCUCUUGUUGAGUAUGUUGUGUUGUUUAAUGUAUACCAUUGUUUUAGUACAUAGAUUUUGUUUCACUGUGAAAAACAAUGUGUAUGUUC